AUGUCUCUAAGUAAUGUGGACACCAUCCCGGUGGCACUCACGUACGACGAUGUGCUGCUCAUCCCACAGAAAAGCCCUGUGCGCUCCCGCAAAGAGGUGAGCACCGGUACACGCCUCUCCCGCAACGUGAAGCUGCAUAUACCCAUCGUUGCCAGCAACAUGGAUACCGUCUGUGAACAGCAGACCGCUAUCGCGAUGGCACGCGAGGGAGGUAUUGGUAUCCUGCACCGCUUCUGCAGCAUCGACGAGCAGUGCGGGAUGGUGUACAAGGUCAAGCGAGCACAAACUUUUCUGAUUGAGGAGCCCCGCAUGAUCACGCCGAACCAGACCAAAGAAGAGGCACUCGAGGGCCUCAACUGGAGCGGGCGCAAGGGUGGCGUUAACUGCCUCAUGGUGGUUAACGACUUCACCAAACGCACACUGCUCGGCAUCAUCACAAGGCGUGAUCUCGUGUUCGCCGACGCCAGCACACCCGUGUCAAAGCUCAUGACACCGCUGAAGCAGAUGGUGGUGUCAAGAAAGAUAGAUAUUACACUGGAGGAGGCGCGAGAGAUGAUGCGGGCACACCGCACCGCGAACAUCCCCAUUGUUGGGCCGAGCGGUGAGCUGCUGUACCUUGUGACACUUUCCGAUGUUUUGAGGCUGACGGAGAACAAGCAGGCCUCACGCGACUCCCGCGGCCGUCUGCUUGUUGGCGCCGCUGUUGGCGUGAAACGCGACGACAUCACACGCGCCGCGCGGCUCGUUGCAGCGGGCGCGGACGUGCUGGUGGUGGACAUCGCCCACGGCCACAGCAGUAUUUGCAUCGACAUGGUCCGGCAGCUCAAGGCGGACCCACGCACGAAUAGUGUCGACGUCAUCGCCGGCAAUAUCGCGACGAGCGAGGCGGCGGAGGAACUUAUCCGCGCCGGCGCCGACGGGUUGAAGAUUGGCGUGGGCCCUGGCAGCAUCUGCACGACGCGCCUCGUCGCGGGCUCAGGUGUGCCGCAGCUCUACGCCGUCAUGGCGUGCACGCGUGUGGCGCGGCGGUACAACGUCCCGUGCAUCGCCGACGGCGGCGUGAAGAUGGCGGGCGACAUCUGCAAGGCUAUCGCCGCUGGCGCCGACACUGUCAUGCUCGGCAACGUGCUGGCCGGCACUGACGAGGCGCCGGGACGCGUGCUCGUGAAGGACGGCCGCAAAGUAAAGAUCAUCCGUGGUAUGGCCGGCUUUGGUGCGAACCUCAGCAAGGCUGAGCGCGAGCGCACGUUGGACGAGGACGUAUUCGUGGAGAUGGUGCCGGAGGGCGUGGAAGGCAGUGUGCCGUGCAAAGGCCCGAUCGCGCCGAUCGUGCGGCAGCUCGUCGGCGGCCUGCGCUCCGGUAUGUCGUACUGCGGCGCCCGCACCAUCCCGGAAAUGCACGCAAAGGCGCGUUUUCUCCGCAUGACCGGUUCAGGCCUCCGGGAAAGCGGCAGCCACGAUAUAUCCAAGCUGUGA